GAUUUUUUUUUUUUUUUUAAUUACCUGCUACAAGUUUCCUUUUCCUUUUCAUUUUCUUCUUUUCUGCCUUUAUUAAAGAUGAAGUUGCUCAGCUCACCCCCCACUAAUAUUUUGAAAUUUAUGCUGCUGUCAUUUGAAAAAAAACCUUUCAAAUUGUUCUUGAAAGUACUGCACUUUUUUCUCUUUCUUUCUUUUCUCUCCACAAUCUGCUGAAGAGGACUUGGAAAAAGUUGCUAUAAUUUGUUUGUAUUGCUGUGGCAAUCCUCAAAAAAGCGGGACUGGAUUGGCUAAACCCAUGGAAGUUUCAAGGCCUACUACUACUUUAGAGAGAAGCAAGGUAAGGCCUCAAAAGGAUCGAGCUUUGAAUUGUCCAAGGUGCAACUCCACCAACACCAAAUUUUGUUAUUACAACAACUAUAGUCUCUCUCAGCCAAGAUACUUAUGCAAGACUUGUAGAAGGUAUUGGACUGAUGGUGGCUCUCUAAGAAAUGUUCCUGUAGGCGGAGGUUCAAGAAAGAACAAGAGACCAUCAUCAGUUUCAUCUUCUUUAGAGCAGCUUCCUGAUUUCACCACAACCCCUCAAGCUUCUCAAAACCCUAAGAUCCAUCAAGACCGAGAUCUCAACUUAGCUUAUCCUCCUUCAAAUCAAGAUUAUGGUAAUGUAUCCAAGUUUGCGCGAAAUCUAAACCCUAGUUCUUCAUCAUCUGUGCCUUCUCAUCAUAUAUCAGCAAUGGAUCUUCUCAAGACUGGUAUGACUUCAAGGGGAUUGGGUCCUUUGAUAUCGUUGCCUGUUGCUGAUCCAAACACAGUAAAUUCAACUGGGUUUUCUCUGCAAGAGUUCAAGCCAACCCUUAAUUUUUUCUUGGAAGGGUUUGCGAGUGGUGGGUAUGAGAACAUUCAAGGAGUGCAAGAGACUGGCCCCAGGCUCUUGUUCCCUAUGGAGGAGUUGAAGCCUGUUCCAGGCAACACUGAGUAUGAUCAAAAUAGAGAGCAAGGUGAUACAAGUGGAUUCUGGAAUGGAAUAUAUUAGGUCUAUGAAGGAUAUAUAUGAUCAUUGCAUGGAUGAUAAAGAGAGAUCAAUCGGUGUUUUCUAUAUCUUAAUUCAUAUCUUUUACUUCUUUAGUUGGUGAGUGAUGAUGAUUACUUGUUAAUAAAAACACUAACUGAUCAAAGGGCACAUGGAUUUCUUUCUUUUCUGCUUUCAGUUUGAAACUUUUCUCUCUACUUUCGGUUUUUAUCUAUGUUCAAGGUGGGUUUUCUCUUUCUUUUCUGAAGCUUUUGGGUUGGCAUAUGAAGUUUCAAUCAAAGCAAAGGUGAUGAAGACCUCUUUAUCCUUUAGGGCUUCAUUAUUAGUGAAGAUUUGGAUAUCAUGUUAUAUGUUAGGCAGGGAUGAGAGAGAGAUCUCAAUGUUCAUGUAAUUUAUUUAUUUAUUUUUGUAUGAAACAAAUGGUGAUGGAUGAUUACAUAUGUACUAUGUGGAUUAAUGUUUGAAUUAAUGUGUUGAGCUUCAAGUGAGCAGUUGGCAUGA